AACCAUGUUUUGCUUACAGCUAACAGAAUCGAUCAUACAAUUACAAAGUUACAAACAUACACUAAAUAGUGUAUACGCAACGUGUAAAAAGCAAGCUUAAAGAAUUGACAAAGCGAGUAUCAUAUAAUACAUCUUUCUUCCUGUCAUAUAUUCUUAACUUUUGAUAUUGUGUUUCCUCCUCUCACAAACUUAUUCAGCACCUUUACCAACGUUUCCUCCAUUACCAUCUUUGUGUGAACAUAAACAUCGCAAACUAAAACAAAGUAAUUAGUGCAUCUAAUUACUUGUUUAACAUGGAUGUUUCAAAGGGUACUAAUCAAAAUCAAGUUGAAGGAACUGGAGAAAACGUGCUUGCUAAACAUGUUGCUUUCUUCGAUAGAAAUCAUGAUGGAAUUGUUUAUCCAUGGGAAACCUUCAAAGGAUUUCGUGCCAUUGGAAGCGGUCUUUUGUUAUCCACCGUUGCCGCUUUUGUAAUCAACAUGGGUCUCAGUCACAAAACUCGCCCGGGGAAAUUUCCAUCAUUGCUCUUCCCUAUAGAGAUAAAGAACAUAGCCAAAGCUAAACAUGGGAGUGAUUCUGGUGUCUAUGACACUGAAGGAAGGUUUGUACAACCGAAGUUUGAAGCAAUAUUCAGCAAGUACGCACGCUCAAAUGCGAAUGCUCUCACUGCCAAAGAACUUGAUGAAAUGUUGAAGGCAAAUAGAGAACCAAAGGACUUGGCUGGACGGUUUGCUGCUUUUAUAGAAUGGAAGAUCUUUUUUUCACUCUGCAAGGACAAGAAUGGGUUGUUACAAAGAGAUACAAUUAGAGGUGUAUAUGAUGGAAGCAUAUUUGAGAUGAUGGAGAAUGAGAGACUGUCCGCUAAGAAAAGUAAACAAGGGUAAACUUUCAACAAUGGUGAUCGAGAAGGUAAAUAAGUAAGCACUGCAGUGUGCAGUUGAUCCUUCGAUGGUUGGCAUCAAUUCGUUGAUGUGGUUAUUUAACAUUUGGGUUUCAACUUAUGUUACAUUUGUUAAUUCAUUUCUAUGAUUGUGUGAUGUUUGUUUAUUCUUGUAAAUAAUGUAAUGCAAGAAUUUUGUGCUCAUUACAGCUUAAAAGGAUUUGUAAUGUCACAUAUUUUUUUUUUCUUUAUGAGGAUGUAUAUUAUGUAA